CUGUCGCAGUAAUUUAUUAUUUUAUCUGGAAACUAUAAUAAGUGCUUUGAACAUUGAACAUGAAAAUCGUGGAGAACAGAAACCUUUGGUUUACGACCGCCCCUGCGCCAUUCCCUGUUGGUCUCGCCUUCCACUCAACCUGUUCUCGUCUUCAAUGUCCACUAACCCCUGUUCGACUUGUCAGUGUUCUGAAAACGCACGUAACCUCAAAAUAUUACUCUAUAAUUCAGUCAAAAACCGCUGUGAAAUGCUGCCUCGAUGUUUGAAUUUUUCGUUGUUACCUCGUGGUUUCCAGAGAUUUGCUGGAGUCCAUAGUUUGGCAAGAAUUUCAGAAGCUAAGGAAUUGUUGGGAAAACGAACUAGAGUGCAGGGAUGGAUCCGAGCGCUCCGAAAAAUGAAGGAUAAUAUAUUUCUGGACAUAAACGAUGGUUCCACCAGUCAACAUUUACAAAUCGUUCUACCGAAGAACUUAAAACCUGAUGAUUUGUGUUAUGGAAGUAGUGUUAGUAUAGUCGGUGAAGUGGCAGUUGCCCCAAAUGGCAAAGCAGAAGUCAGAGCUGAGGAGGUUGAAGUCCUUGGUACAUGUGACCUUGACAGUUAUCCAUUUCUACCGAGGAAACAAUAUACGCAGGAGUACAUCAGACAGUACUUGCAUUUGAGACCCAGAACACGACAAUUCUCAAGUGUUCUACGACUGAGGGAUUUGGCUACGUCAGCUGUAGGUGAGCACAUGCGGAGCCGAGGUUUUAUUAAUGUUCACACACCAAUUUUAACGGCCAAUGAUUCUGAGGGGGCCGGGGAAGUGUUUAACGUUGUGCCAGACAGUGUUGAAUUGAUUGAUAGCAUGAAGAAAGAAGAGACCAGUCGAGAGGAGACCUACUUCGAUACUAAAGCAUUUUUGACCGUCUCAGGGCAGUUUCAUUUGGAGAUUAUUGCAAGGGCGCUAUCUAGAGUGUACACAUUUGGACCAACAUUCAGAGCUGAAAAUUCCAAGUCACGGCUGCAUCUUUCUGAGUUUUACAUGAUUGAAGCUGAAAUGGCUUUUGUGGAUAAUAUUGAGGAUGUGGCUGCUGAGGCUGAACUUCUGGUCAAGGGAGUGACUUCUGCUUUAUUCGAGAAAGGAGCAGGAGAUGUUCAGAAUCUGAGUGCGCCUGUACCAGUAUGGCUGGAUAAAUCCUUUGGCGUUUUUAGUUAUGAUGAGGCUUUUGAUAUACUCGAAAGACACUCCGACAAACUCACGGGUGAUGUGAAGAGAGGAGAGGCUCUUUCGAAAGAACAAGAAUUAUUUCUAGUCGAAUUCAACGGAGGAAUUCCAGUUUUCAUACUAAAUUGGCCGAGGAAUAUCAAACCAUUCUAUAUGAAAGAGUGUAAGGACGAUGAUACCAAGGUAGCAGCAAUGGAUCUAUUAGCACCACAAGUCGGCGAAUUAUUUGGUGGCAGUCUUCGUGAAGACCACUACGAAAAACUCAAACGAAAAAUCCCACCCACAGGUGAUAUUUCCUGGUAUUUGGAUCUUAGGAAAUAUGGAAAUGUUCCCACUGGAGGGUACGGAAUGGGUUUUGAAAGAUACUUACAAGCAGUGCUUGGAAUCGCAAAUAUAAAGGACGUAAUACCAUUUCCGAGAUGGCCACACAAUUGCAGCCUGUGAGAUGACCUGUCCCAGAGGAUUUUCUGUACGACUUAUAAUGCGUAGGUUCUCUCGAGCUUACAUGAAGAUAUAUGAAAGAAUAAAUGUAAUUUUAGUUUUAAUAAUAAUCUUCUCACCUUCAUCAUAU